AUGGCAGCAUUUGUUGAUGCCUCAUCAGCUUGCUCCGCAGCAGAUUACGUGUUUCAGACGUCGUCGCUCAGACCAUUCUUGAAUCAUCCGGGCAUAGACAAAGCAGGGACAGUGUUCCACAAGCCAGUGAACCCAGAACAUGCCGUCAAGGAGAGACAGGCUGCUGCCAGCCUGUCCCUGAGACCGUUCCACGCCCCUGCAAAGGACUCUGCGCCUUCGAGACCUGGCAAGUGCCGCACUCGUCCGCGAGGUCUGAUGGCCAACAACUUUUCUCAGACAAUGCCUCCGCCACGCCAAUCCAAAGUCUCGGAUGCCAACUGUCCGGUGCAGAUGUACAUAGGCCAGCGAAGCUUUGGGGCAACGCACUCCAAAGAGCAGAAUCGAUUGGCGUCUUCGGAGGAUGAUCUUGCUAGCGUGCAAUUCCUCGAGGAGCCAGACGAUCCUCGAGUUGCAGUGCCAGCUCAUCGGAUAGGUGAUGAACCCGAGGGGAGGCUUCGCCCAUACCUCGCGAGCGACAGGUCGAAGAAGAAGCCUGGCCUGCCGAACCCGCCCACGCUCUGCCUGACAGCGAAGCCGAAGCCACUCCACUCGAGCGCUCCCCUUCCUGCAAAAGGGCCGACGAAGCCGGUCUUGGCAAAUGCAGGUCUGCUGCAGUUCAUGCUGCCGAAUUUCGGCUUCCCGCCGACGAUUGCAGAGGAGGCAUCUCUGGAGCAGUUGCUCCUGAGCCCCAGCAACCACGCCGAGCGUUUUGAGUUGCUCGAGACUUGA